AUGGAGAAAUAUUGUUUUGCCAUCUUCAUCUUACUAAGUUCUCUCCUCCUAAAAUGGCUUCUAAAUCCUAUAACUUCCACCCACAAAUAUAAGAAAAAUCUACCCCCUUCCCCUCCAAAGCUCCCAAUCAUCGGCCAUCUCCACUGCUUCGGCACACACCCUCACCGCUCCCUUAAAUCCCUAUCACGCCGCUACGGCCCCAUCAUGCUCCUCAAACUAGGCAGUACUCCAGCCGUCGUGAUAUCCUCCGCGGCCGCCGCCAAAGAGAUCAUGAAAACCCACGACCUCGUAUUCGCCACCCCCCCUGAGUUACAGAACAGCCGGAAGCUCCUCUACGAUCUGAAAGAUGUAGUGGCUGCUCCAUACGGAGAGUACUGGCGGCAGUUGAAAAGUAUAUGCGUUCUUCAGCUGUUGAGCAACCACAAGGUCAAGUCUUUCCGGUCUGUACGGGAAGAAGAGGUCGUGUUGAUGGUUGAGAGAAUCGAGGAAGCGAAAGGGAAGAACAUCCCGGUGAAUCUGAGUGAAACUUUCUCAAAGAUAGCCAAUGAUGUUUUGUGUAGGGUUUUGAUGGGAAGGAAAUACGACGAGGGAGAUGGAAGGAGUUUGAGACGUCUGAUAAUGGAGUUUCUACGAUUGUUAGGAACGCUGAGCGUUGAAGAUUUCCUGCCGUGGCUCGGUUGGAUCAAUAAAGUGAACGGACUGGACACCACCGUGAAUAGGGUUGCCAAAGAGAUGGACAAGUUCUUGGAGGAAGUGGUGAAUGAGAGGAUGCAAGAGGGAAGUGAUGAAAUAAUUGGUGGCAAAAGGAAAGAGAAUUUUCUUGAUAUUUUAUUAAGAAUUCAUAUGAGCCAAGAACCUGGUGUAUUCAUUGACAAAGAUAGUGUGAAAGCCUUACUCGUGGAUAUGUUGUUAGGUGGAACAACUACAACAUCUACCGUCACAGAAUGGGCGAUGACAGAAUUAAUGAGACACCCAAAAACAAUGAAAGAGUUGCAAACAGAGGUGAGAAAUGUUGCUAAUGGAAAAAGUAUGAUAGCAGAAGAAGAUAUACAAAACAUGCCUUACUUGAGAGCAGUCAUUAAAGAAACUCUAAGAUAUCACACUCCCAUUCCCCUUCUUCCCCCAAGGUUAGCAACUCAAGAUGUUAAUGUCAAUGGUUAUGACAUAGCGGCUGGCACUAUGGUUUUCAUCAACAAAUGGGCCAUAUCUAGAGAUCCACUUUCAUGGGAAAACCCUGAUGAGUUUAAGCCUGAAAGGUUCAUGAACUCUAAAGUUGAUUACAAGGGGCAUCAUUUCGAGUUCAUCCCAUUUGGAGCUGGUAGAAGGGGUUGUCCGGGAAUUUCAUUUGGCAUCGCUGUUAAUGAGCUUACACUAGCUAACAUUGUCAACAAAUUCAACUGGGUGUUGCCCGAUGGAAAAGAUGGAGAGAACUUAGAUGUAGAUGAAUGCAUUGGCUUCACAAUUCACCGUAAAACUCCUCUCAUAGCUCUUGCAACUUAA